AUGUUCUUCACACGCAGUAUCCUCGCCACACCCCUUCUCCUCCUCCUCGCUGCCCGUGCCCUCGCUACAAAUCACAAAGGCAUUCCCCAAGUCUUCUCGACCGGCUUCGAGCCCGAAUCAGGCCUACAGAUCACCUAUGAGUCUGUCGGUGAAGCCAUAACUGACGGCGACGACCUGACCGGUAAGGACCUCGAGAAGGUCCCCAAGUUCUCCCUCGGACAGUCUUCGGGUAUCAACACGAAUGCAAAGUUCAUCAUCGUCAUGGUCGAUCCCGACGUCAACGGUGAUCCCGAGAAUGUUGUACCGCAGACCCUGCAUUACAUGCGUACAGACUUUGUCCCCACCGGACAGGCCGUCAGCGUUGAGUCAGACGUAGCGCCAGCGGUGACAUAUGCGGGACCCGCAGCUACGAACGGUGGAAACGAGGGGCCGCACCGAUAUGUUUUCCUGCUGUACAGACAGCCGAAGGAAGGGUUCGAGCUGAAGAGCGUGCCGGCGGACGGCGAGAGGGCAGGGUUCAACAUCAAAGCUUGGAGGGAGGCGAAUGGGUUGGAGCCGGCGAUCGCUGGUGUGCACUAUCUCGCUACUCCACCGAACGCGGCGGCUGCACCACCUGCAGAAAGCACUACUUCGUGCACCACUACGGAGAUGCCCGUCGAGACUGCUCCUCCCGUCGAGACCACCGCUCCCCCGGCCGAGACCACUCCUCCGGCCGAGACCUCCCCCGUCGACAGUGUGCUGACGAUCACCGACACCGUGACCGUGACCGCCAGCGACUGCAACUGCGCCGCCCCGACCUCGAGCGACGGGCUCACGCUCACUGCCGCGCCCCCAGCCGAGACCGCCACGGCCACCGCAACAGAAACCAGCGCACCCGCCGCAGCCGUCACGCACAGUGUGAUCGUCGGUGGUCCGGCCGGCCUCGUCUACACGCCCGAAUUCGUCGAGGCGGCGGUAGGCGACAAGGUGGUCUUCGAAUUCCUUGCGCGCAACCACACGGUGACGCAGUCGACACUCGACGUACCGUGUGCCUUGAAGGCGGACGGUGUCAAGUCCGGGUUCCGAUCCAACCCCGACAGCAUCCCCGGAAAGGAGAUAUUUGAGGUCGUCGUUGAUGAUCUCGAGCCGAAGUGGUAUUUCUGUGCUCAGGCAAACCACUGCGCAAUGGGCAUGGUUUUCGCCAUCAACCCGAAGGAAAAGUUUCCGCAGUUCAAAGACAACGCCAUGCGUGGCAGCAACGGCACCGUCGGCGGUGCGCCACCCAACAGCACCGUCCCCGCGCAGCCGAUCUUUGAAGGUUCUGCCUCCGGCAUCGGCGCAAAGCUCGGCUCGGUCUUUAUGGGAGUCGCUGCUGUCAUCGCCUUCGCAGCGUAA